GCAUUGUCUCUGCUACCGCAGCUCUCACGCUUACCCCAAGUGGUAAAAACUUAUGAAGGAAGCACCUUUUGCUUUGACAUCUCCUCUUCCUCCCCAACGCCGUCGUGUCUUUCUUACUCCUUUCUUCGUUCAUUCGUCGGCGGUCGCAGGACAAUGAAGAGGAAGAGAAAGGAAGCAGGAGGAGGAGUGAUCGAGGAGGGGGAGAUUGUCUGGCAAACUCCGUUGAAUCCUCCGGAGCGCCAAGAUUACAUCUUCCACCAAGGGAGGCGCUACGUUACACCCUACCACUUCGAGUUCAUCUCUCAUGCUAAGAGUCGCUGGGCUGGCAAAACCAUUGUGGAUUUGUUUGCCCAUGAGUUCAAAGGCAGACCUUAUGAGUAUUAUGUCGGUGCUGUUGAAUGUGGGCGGAUCCAAGUCGAGGGGAGGGUCGUUCCUGUCUCUUACAUUGUAAAACCCUCUGAAAAGAUAAGCCACUUUGUACACAGGCAUGAGCCUCCGGUGAUGAGCCAUGGUGUCUCCAUCCUGCAGAUGGAACCGGAUGUGGUGACUGUUUGUAAGCCAGCAUCUAUUCCAGUGCAUCCGUGUGGUCAGUAUCGUAAAAACACUGUGGUCAGCAUCCUUCAGGCAGAGCAUGGGCUGGCACCCCUAUUUCCUGUUCACCGACUAGAUCGCCUUGUCUCCGGACUGCUCAUAUUUGCCAGAAAUGCGUUGAAAGCAGAUCUUUUCAGGCAACAGAUUGAAGGUGGUUUGGUGCAGAAACAAUACAUUGCAAAGGUGGUGGGUGAAUUUCCUGAGAAUGAGCUGGAGGUCAAUGUCAACAUCAAUUACAAUGCUCGAGAAGGAAGGAGCACAGCGGAGGAGGUGAGUAUCUGCUCAAAACCUUGUGACACUGCCCUAUUGAAAGGAAAGGCUGCUUGUACGAAGUUCACAAGGAUCAGCACCAAUGGAACUCAUAGCAUUGUUCUCUGUGAACCAGUCACUGGAAGAACUCAUCAGAUACGAGUCCAUUUGCAGUUUAGUGGCCAUCCAAUUGCCAAUGACAUGCUUUACCUUUCUGAGCAAAGGACCAAUCGUUCAGCUGAAGGAAUGGUUGCCGAUAAAGCUGUUUGUUUGUCACCAGAAUCCAGUGUUUCUGAUACCUGGCAGAAUAAAAAGGGAGAUGAGCCUUGCGUUGAAUUUAGUACUGACCCUAUGUGCACGAAUUGUCCGAAUUUAGCUCCAAAAGGGUCAGUGUUCUUCCUCUUUCCCAUCUUGGAUGUGAUGGGAAUGAGGAGGCAUUGUGGCUGCACUGCAUACGAUAUUCUGGACCCGGAUGGAUCUAUGAGUGCCCAUAUCCAGAUUGGGCAUCCCUUAGCUAGCCUGAGAACAUUCCAAAUUUUCAUCUGGAGGCUGUCCUCUAAAUUUGCUUGAAAAAUGUAGCAAGUUCACAGUAAUGCAGCUAUUUACUUUUCCAAAGAGCCUUGGAAGAAUCUGAAGCAGUGAGGCAAUUGCAAGUCUGCAAAUUGUUUCGGCUACUACAAUAGUGUAUUCCAAUGCCGAGUGCAUGCUCAUAGGUCGUAGAGAAGAGAGCCUCCUCAUCGGCGAAAUUACUAGCAUCAAAGUCCUUCAUGUUUAUAGGAUGAUGAUCGAAUGUUGAUCCCGCUUGAGGAAGAAACAUUGUGCCGUGACUCAAUUCUUUUAGUGGCAGUCUGAUUGAGGAACUACUUACUGUUUA